GGGAGAGUGAGGGAACGAGGGAGGAAAGAAAGGAGAGAGAGCAAGGGAGAGUGAGAGAAGGGGGUUUAAAAGCAAUUCAGUCCAGUGAGGUGCAGCUGGGGCUGGAUAUUGAGAGCUGGACGGAGCUAGAGAGAAGAAAAGACCACACAGGCAGAAGGGGCCACUAUGAGGAGCACGGGCCCACUAAGCCAGCCUGGAAUUGUGCUGCUGCUGGUCACGUGUCCACUGCUGAACGUUCUGCGAGGAGUUACCUGUAAGGCUGAGAGUGGACACCUUGGAGACACGGAUCCGGACAGGUGUAUGAGACACCAUUUCGUUGAGACUAUCACGCAUCCCAUCUACAAAUGCAAUUCCAAGAUGGUCCUCCUGGCUCGCUGUGAGGGUCACUGCAGCCACACUUCCCGCUCGGACCCUCUCAUCUCCUUCAGCUCCGUCCUCAAGCAGCCGUUUAAAAGCACAUGCUUUUGUUGCCGCCCUCACACCUCCAAACUGAAAGCGGUGCGCCUGCGCUGCUCCGGUGGGACCCGAAUAACUGCUACCUACCGCUACAUCCUCGCAUGCAGCUGCGAGGAAUGCAACUGAAUGGGUUGGCAGAGGAGGAGGACCUGGCCAAGACUUUAAACUGUUCCAUUUUUAUAUGUAUUUUAUUGCUGUCCAUAUUAGAGAAACUAUUUCACGAUUCAUUAACAGAGUGGAUUCAUUAAUGGAGUGGAUGGAGAUCAUGCCAACAGCAUAAAAUGUCAGCCACCCAAAGAAAAGAACCUGUACUCAUGUGUUGCACCUGGACCUGGUCUCUGCCAGUUGAUUAGUUUCUAAUGCAUUCCAUCGCUUUGAUCACUGAAAUGUGGAAAAUUCUGGACGCUAGAGAACAACACCGCAAUCAUGAGAGAACCUCGAAGGUACUGUAUCCGCUCCAGGCUGGAGACGUUCCAAGGAAAGCGUGAGAGCUCUUGGGAAUCGCUCACAGGUCCAGGAGAUGCAUGGGUAACGUCUCUGUUGCAGCUGUUGGACACUGUAGUGUAGAUGCUCAGACUGUAAGAGAAUGAUGACCGUGUCUCGACUGCCCUGUGAAACAUUCAGGCUUCAGAAAAAGUGUGCAGUCUUUGUUUUGCCUUCAAUCUUCUAGUUCUGGUAAUAAUAAGUCAUGUUUGUAAUUGUGAUUAUUAUAGAUGUCCCCUGGAUGAUUCCACUGUGAGAGAAAUCUGAACUCAUGAAAGAGACACUGUCUUCAAAAUGUGCUACAAUCACAUAACUAAGCCAGCAUGGAAAAAUGUUCUUUAAGCAUGGCUUAAGUAGGCCUUAUGGCUUUUUUUUACUUCGUCAGUCUGGUCAAAUGUGUACAGUAAAGACAUUGUGUUGAGUGGGAGUAAGCUGUCAAAUCAACAUCAAAGUCCAGUGGUUGGGGUGGGCAAUAUGAAGUACCAUGACAAUGUGAUAUGUAUCACAUGACGUUCCGUUUUUCUGAUAAGUUGGAACAGACAAAAAAGAGAACCUGUAAUGCCACAUUUAAAAAAUUACUAUCAAAACUAUGAAUACAAUGAUUUAAUUCAACACUUCACAUUAUAAACUGCUUUAAAUCCAGUUAAACAGCACUAAUUAUCACCUAUUUGUAAUGAAACAUGCAGUUGGUCAGUGUUCUGUAAAUGUAAGUUUGCUUUAUCAGUCAGGAGGAAUAAACACUCUAAAACAUGGUGUGAGUCGUCCUGUAAAGAAACAAUAGUUAAAAGUCAUAGGCCUAGACUUAGCUUUUGCUAGAGUUUUUCAGACCACGUCAUACAUCUUUAUGCAUUAACAUCACCCACACUGACUAAAAAAGGACUAGCUCAGUUUUGAGAAGUACAAAAUCAUCAUUAUACUGAUGAAGAUAAGAUGGCAGCAGCAGAUAAUUCACUUAUGUCCUCAAAACACCUGCCGUUUACCAGGUUUUGACUGAGUUCUCUCUGAAUUCUCUUUUGAAAGCAUUCGCAAUCAUCAGAUUCAUCUGCUGGAGCAAAACUAGGUGUACACUUUGUGAAAUCGUAACUGAGCUUUUCACAGUCUUUUCCUUGAGAGGGUGUGCACAGUAGACGAAGGUUUCACAUAUGCAGCUACAAAAAGGCCAUCAAAAUCCCAGAUCCUGCCAUUAUCAUGUGAUACAGACAAAGCUAAACUAGACAGGUUCAUGUUUUUACGCAUAGCAAGAUGAAUAUGAGGUGAGAAAUGUGGAUAUCACAGUGAGAGGUGAAGAAAUAUUUCAUGAAAAAUUGGCAGUUCACUUGAAAUUGUACAGAGAGUGACUUGAUGUCUGGAUCCACUCAUUGUAAACAUGAUAAAGGCUUCUAUUUGCCUGUGUCUCUCUCAUUGACUGUUGGCUGUAUCACUCUUUGAGUAAUUUCGCUAACCAUCUCACAUUACAGGACUUGGAAGUUGUAAAAAAUCCAAAAUGUUUGAAAAUGUCUGCCCCUUCGAUGAACUCCAAAGCUAAAUAAGAAAGCUAAAGGGUGACUCGUUUCCCUUCUCGUGCCACCAGAUUGUCCACAUCAAGUCAACUCCAACCCAAUUCCUGACCUGGCAAAUUCACAAAAUGCUGACAUUCACUAAUGUGUUCUUAUUUGAGAUUUGUUCUUAGAGAAGAACAGAAUCUACACACACUCAAGAGCACAAAGAUGUCAACAGUUCAUUGGUUUAAGAACAUCAUGAAAAUCUGAUGUAAUCUUUUUCUUAGGACAUUUCUCAAGAACAAAUUACGGAAGAAACUUAGGAUAUUAGUGAAUAAGGUCCAAUGAGACCUUAUGUGACAUAACCUUUCAGAACAUUGGUACAUAUCAUCAUAUUGCCCACCCCUUUGCUGUACUGACAGAAAGCUUUGCCCAGAGUAAUGUCCAUGGCCUAUGUUCAAACCACAAUAGAAUGCUGCACUGCUUUAAGAUAGCAUCAGAAGUCCAUCACUUCAUGAUGAGAGAUAAGACCCUUCUAUGAAACCCACUUUGUCCAUGCUCUGCUGAGAUUGUACCCCUUGUGAAAUUGUGGUGUUCGCUUUGCUGGACACGUUUGUAAUCAAGAACAAACUUAACAGUUCUUCAGGCUCCACAUGUGAAUCCAAUAAAUGGUUUCCUUUUGUUUCA